AGCAGAAACUCCUGCCGAAACCUCCCAGCUCCCAGCAUGGUGUCCAGUGACUCAUCCUCUGCAGAAUCCACAGACGCCGACUUCGAGCGUGGAGACGCUCUGGUGAAUGAUAACACCAGUCUGGAUAAUUUAGAGGAAGAUGGGGAGCGGGAUGACACAAUGGAGCUCGAGCAUCAUGUGCAAGAAAAAUACGCCACGGCCUCUAGUCCUCAACCUCCAGGUUCAGCUGAAUCCGCUUCCCCAAAGGCAUCAGCUGCAGGCAGCUACAGCUUACCGAGUACAAAUGUGACGCUGGAGAUCCUUCACAGCACCAGGGUGGCUGUUGCUCAGUUCUCACAGGGAAUUGUCGGCAGUGGCUCUGGGGGGAAGGUGGCCUCAGCAGCCAUACCUGUGAUCCUGGAGCACCUGCUGGCUCUGCAGCAACAACAGGUCCACCAGCUGCAGCUCAUUGAACAGAUCUGCAGCCAGGUAGCCAUCAUGAACAGACAACCCACGCAAGCGGCGAAACCCGAUUCUAGGUCUCUAUCUCUGGCACCGAAUCCAUUUCCCCCUCAAGGCAUCAUCCCUCCAUCUGUCCUGCCACUAUCAGGAGUCAUGCCUUCAGCCGUCGAUGGACAGGGUGCCGUUUCUUUGCCAUCUGUGCUUGAAAACUCACAAAGUCUGGUCUCACAAACUGAAACUGGGCAACCAGCCUUUAGAGACAUUAAAUGUACCUCAGCCCCAUCUGAAAAUUCGACCCCGUGUCACUCCAGCUGCAGCAUCUCCACGGUGCUGCCUCCUUUUACAGGCUCCAACACAAGCAGCAUUAGCUGCUCGCAAACGCAUAGUUCCCUCAGCCACAACAGCCUCCACAGCUCAUCGCCCAGCCUGCCAUUUCUACCUCAAAGCCCCCCGAGCAGCGUCAUUUUCCCCAAUCCCUUGGCCAGCAUUGCCGCCACUGCUAAUGCUCUUGACCCCCUCGCAGCCUUGAUGAAGAACAAGAAGGGAAAACUGCCGAACGUGUCCUUGUUCGAAACAAAGCCCAGUCCAGAGGAGCCUUUCUUCAAGCAUAAAUGCAGGUUCUGUGCCAAAGUGUUUGGCAGCGAUAGCGCUCUGCAGAUCCACCUGAGGUCCCACACAGGAGAGCGUCCCUUCAAAUGCAACAUCUGUGGCAAUCGGUUUUCCACAAAAGGGAACUUAAAAGUCCACUUCCAGAGGCAUAAAGAGAAGUAUCCUCAUGUUCAGAUGAAUCCGUACCCUGUGCCAGAAUAUCUAGACAAUGUGCCAACAAGUUCUGGGAUUCCCUACGGAAUGUCCGUCCCACCGGAAAAACAAGUCUCCUCAUGGCUGGAUAGCAAACCUGUUGUAGCGAGUCUGCCAGCCACCAUGAGUCUGCCGCUUUCCUCCCCUAUUACCAGUACAGCCGGCUCGAAUGACCCUGUAAGUGCAACACCAUCCGCUAAAUCUCACCAGCCAUCGUCUGCUGAAAGUCUAUCUUUGUCACCUAACCACAAAGGUGGUGUGCUUCAUUUUUCUCCUGUUUCUGAGUCUUCACAGUCUAACCAUGAGGCAGAAGCAUCAAAUAUAGUGAAAUCAGAAGGGGAACACCUGCCGCAAAACUGCAACCUGAGGCUGAGAACCAACAUAGUUACAGAAGCAAGCGGCACCACAAUCUCUUCUGUGGCUACCACACCAGAACCAACCACCUCAGCAUCCCCUGCAUCCACCUCUCCACCCUUGUUAGAAGACAUUAAAUUUCCUACUAGUAGCCUGCUGGACUCUAUGCAAACAUCAGAAACCUCCAAGCUUCAACAGCUGGUGGACAUCGAUAAAAAGAUCACAGACCCAAACCAGUGUGUACUUUGUCACCGUGUCCUCAGCUGUCAGAGCGCGCUCAAGAUGCAUUACCGCAUUCACACCGGGGAGAGACCUUAUAAAUGCAAGGUUUGCAGCCGAGCCUUCACCACCAAAGGAAACCUGAAGACUCACAUCGGCGUUCACAGAGAAAACCCUCCAGUUCAGGUGCAACACUCUUGUCCAAUUUGCCAGAAGAAGUUCACCAAUGCUGUUGUUCUUCAGCAGCACAUCCGAAUGCACAUGGUUGGACAGAUUCCAGACUCAACCCUGGUGGACAAGCUGCAAGAAAUGGAAGAGAAGAGCUUUGUCAACGGCAACGACCUCAUCGAUGACAUUUCCAUAGAGGAUGAUAAUGAAGAAGAGGAAGAGGAGACGGAAAAUACUUUAAACUCUCUUUGUAGUUCUCCUCCUAAACCCUCAGUGGUUGUUUCAAGUAUAGCAGCGCUGGAGAACCAAAUGAGAACAAUCAACUCAAACCUUAACCACUCCUUCACCGUUAAAUCACUUAUCAAUGGCUUUCAUGACAACAGUAAAAGCUUUUCAUCUGAAAAACUGGUGGGGACGUGUUGUGCAAACAGCUCAAACGUGUCGGAGUCCUCCUGUUCUCCUCACAUGUUAGCGUCUCCGACUCUAUGCUCCUCUGAAGGCGUCACUAUCAAAUCUCCUGCUGCGAGCAAUAGGCCAGAAUCCCAAGAGCCUUUGGCAGUUUCGGUGAAGAGAGAACAGUCGGCGUCUCCUGCUUCUCUAUCAGCAUGUGCAGCCGCUGAAAAGUCGAGAGAAACACAGUUGAGCAAACUAUGUGUGAAAGAGGAGGCUCCUGACAAUGUGUCAUUCCAGUUGAGCAGAGAAAAGGGCAAAGUCUUCCUAGCAUAGUUACCAGCUCUGCCUCCAGCACGGUAAAAACGGAGGUGAACGGGCUCAGUCAGCAGAGCAACCAAAGGCAGCUGCCUCCUUUUAGCGUCCACAUCCCGCCAACUUAUCCGUCAGUCUGCGCUCUGGGCAUGACAUCAUCCCUGAU